GCUGACCAAUUGGCCACAGUCAGCUAACGGUGCUCUUGCCUUGAGAACACAAAAACAUAUCAAAACAAGAGAUAUUCAACGCAAGGCGUGAACAAGUUCCGCAAUCCAUAGCAACAUCAUCCCCCAGUACACGACUAGCGACAUAAUGAACCGCUUUCAACACCUGCUUUACGUGUGGUCCAUCGCAUUGAUUGCGUGCAGCACCACAGCCUAUGCUUCGUAUGGAUCACAAGGACUAUCUGGUGGUUAUGGUGGUGGUGGCGGCGGUGGCGGCAGUGGCGGCAGUGGUGGCAUAAGCGGUAGUGGCGGCAUUGGCGCCAUUGGCGGCAGUGGCGGCAGUGGCAGCAAUGGUGAUACGCUCAGUGGCAUCAUCCAAGGCAUCGGCGGAUCUGGUGCUAUUGAAGGUGAUGGGAAUGGUGUACCAUCUCCCUGCGGUAAAGUCCAUCCUUCCCAAAACAUCCCUUACUCCUUAGGACAACGUGCCAGUGUCAGCUCAUCUAUUACGUAUCCACAAAACAAGGGUGAAAUACUUAUCCAUCGCCCUGCCGCUAUUAUCGUGAAACGACCACCUACUAAAGUCUUGGUCAAUCAUCCCCCACUAGUUGUGAAACCUGCACCAGUUGUCUUGCACAAACCUCCAGCAGUAGUGUUGCGCAAGGUCUACGUUAAGCAUCACCCACGUCCAGUUAAGGUGGAGCCUGUCUAUGUGAACGUUGUCAAACCACCAGCAGAAAAAUAUUUCGUUAACGAGAAGCAACAAGCUGCUUAUAAUAGCGGUUACGGUGGCGCAGCUGGUGCCAGUGGUGCUGCAAAUAACGCGAACGCCGAAGCUGAAGCCGCUGGAUACCAGCUAUUGCAGGGAUCUGGAUUGUCUGCUUUGGCUAAUAUUGCUACUUCAUCGAAAAACGGAUAUGAAAGCAAUCCAAGCAGUUACGCCGCUGGUGGUGGUGAGCAAGGUGGAUACAGCGGUGGUGGCUCCGCUCAGGGUGGCUAUGCUCCAUCAGCUUCACAAUACUAAGAUUUCUAUUUGAUAGAAAUUUUGCUCUGAAAUAAUUUACCUCUGGCUUAGGGUAAAAAACUAAGCCAUUGGGAAAUCAAUCUAACUACAGAUUGAAAGGUUAUGAACCUAAAACUUUUUUAUACUACACCAAAGAGUGUCAAUAAAACUUCUUUAUAAAAAACUGAA